AUGUCUUUAAAAUUACGGCCUCUCAAGUUGCCAUUAUUGGUGGAAGAGAGAAGAAGGAAAGAGGAGGAAGAAGCAGCGCAACGUGAAAUGAUGGAAGUUGAGGUGCCGUAUAACUUCUACACAACUGACUCUUACUCGUCGGACGCGACGUCACCAGUAACACCAACAUUUUCUACGCGUGGUCAUCUACGUUACUCUAGUUCCAUGUCGUCUUUCGAUCUUGCAACAGUAGCGAGCGCUGAAAGUCCUUCGUCUCCGAUACAAACAACCCAAAAUUCCAAUAAACGCGUGCUUCCUGACGUGAAGGAAGAACCUAUUGAGUUUGACGAUUCGGAUUCGGACUCUGAAUUUGAUGAUGCGUCCGAAUUAUACCAAUGUCUAUGUGAUGAACCCUGUAUACACAAGGACACCGAUCUAGUACAAAGCACUUCGAACUUCUACACGCAGAGCCAGAGUACCGACUACGAUGUUGGAUUCUUUAGCGAUGGCGAUUUUAGCUUUAGCCUACGAUCCUCGUCAAGAAAGCAAAGAGAAAGAUCUGAGUCGUCAUUUGCUGGGUUUUCAUAUCGUCUAGGUUCUCGAUUCCCGGCCUUUACGAAAUGGAAAUCCUCGUCGAAGCCUUCUAGCAUUAUCAGCUCGCCUGUAUCCGAUUUUGGAUUCGAGCGACCGAUCUUAUCAAGAGCAACUUCGAGUCGUUCUUCGUCAGUUUCAGCGCCCAGUCGGCAUCGUCGUGAUCGCUCGAACGAACCUCCUGUGCCACCUACGCCUGCCCUAUCACGUUUUGGAAGUAGUGAUAGUUUCAUGCCUUUAGACGGAGCUAUCGACGCCCAGAAGACAGGUGACGUUCUAUUAGCUAUAGAACAUGAGCGAAAGCAAGCUGCGACGCCGCUUCUUCCGCCUUUGAUGGCUUCAGCUUCCGAGCAUAUCUUAUCGCAAUCUUCACCGCUAGAAUCACCAAGCGUUGCUGCUUCUGCUUCACCAAUUGGAGAAGAAUACUAUGCGACAGGAAUGCUAUCUCCACCGCUCAGCGCAAAGGCCUCAAACUCUUCUCUUCGUCUUCUGCCUACACCUGUGGAGCUACCGCAACUUCCUGCACCAGACGCCUGGUCCGACCUUUUGGGGCAUGCUAACUAUACGAUCGUACCGAAACCGUACAAACUGGAAACUGUUGAUUUAGAAUCUCUACGUCUGUUCCGAGCAGAUUGGGAAACCGCACGAGUGAACUAUACAAAACAUCUCGCACGAACCGGCGAACACUACGGUCAGACCUCCAAGACUUACGCACUUACUGAAGCCAAAUGGGCUGAAACGCAACGAAAUUGGCGUAGCCUUCAUGACGAACUCGCAGCGGCAGUUGUCGCUAGUGGUCAAGUAACAGUGUGCGAGAAGUUUGAGGAGGUUCUAACCACAGUUCCGAGAAUGGACGCUGAGGGUAAAUUUCCCGAACGUGGUGACGAAGACAUUGUCGGACCGAUGGUACGCGAAGCCACCAUGAUGUCUUUGGAUAGUGUAGAACGAAAGGGGCCAAGCUUUUGGCGUCAUCUUGUCGGCAAAGUUGGUCUAAGAAAAUGA